AUGCAAAAUCAUUAUUUUUACAAUAUCGCUCAGUCUCCCUUAAUCCCUUACUCCCUUACUGUUUUGCCCUAUGGGAAAAUAUUGCUCAAUAUUGGAAAUAUAGCUGAGAAAGCGGACAUUCGAAUCAGCCCUAAGAGGUCUUCGGGGCACUUUAACCGUGAAACGGACAGUCACCAUAGCGUAUUUAUUACUAGGUCGCUCGAUAUCUAUCUAUCUAUCUAUCUAUCUAUCUAUCUAUCUAUCCGGAUGAGAGACAUUCCACCAAUUUUCCCAUUUUGUCUCAUCUAUCUAUCUAUCUAUCUAUCUAUCUAUCUAUCUAUCUAUCUAUCUAUCUAUCUAUCUAUCAAUCGAAGUAGGUAUGUCCAUCUUCUCUCUAUAUUUUCAUCUAUCUCUUUUCUUUUCCUCUUCUUUCUUUCUUUUUAUUUGAUUCUUUUUUUACCUCUUAAGCGUUCUAUCUCUCUCAACCCUUCGACGCUCACCCAUUCCUUUCUUUUCGCCUCCUUUCUUUCUUCAUUUCUUUCUUUGUUUGUUUGUUUCUUUCUUUCUUUUCGCCUUCCUAAUUGCUUUCUUUACCCUUCGACGAAAAUAUAUCUAUUCAUGUCCCCCUUCUUUCUUUCUAUUCAUGUCCCCCUUCUUUCUUUCUUUCUUUCUUUCUUUCUUUUCGCCUUCCUAAUUUCUUUCUUUACCCUUCGACGAAAAUAUAUCUAUUCACGUGCCCUUUCUUUCUUUCUUUCUUUCUUUCUUUCUUUCUUUCUUUCUUUCUUUUCGCUUUCCUAA